AUGGCCAAGUUCCUUUCACGAGCGUUGACUGCGGUCCUCGUUUUUAGUUAUGGCCUCUUUACCCUGGUUCUUUAUGGCCUGAUUGCCGUGAAGAAUGGUACCUAUUUCAAGCGCCCUACUGAAAAGGAGGAGUUGGAGCUACAGCUUGCCCGCGAUCGUCUCUGGAACUUAUCUGAGGACUUUGAGGGCCUCUCUCACCACAUGCUGACCUUGCAGAGCGGGUUCAAGUUUCACUUUGUUGCCAAUGACAAGCCCAACACCCCGGAAACCAUCAACUCUGACAGACCUUUGGUCAUCUUCAUUCACGGAUUCCCCGAUAGCUGGGCAAUCUGGCGACACAUCCUCAAAUCUCCUUCUCUGCGCCAGGCCGCCUCUCUAGUUGCCAUUGACCUCCCCGGAUAUGGAGGCAGCGAGAGCCUAGAUAAAUACGACGCCACAAAUGUGCUGGAGAAGUUGACUGAGUUGAUCAUCACUCUCCGUACCGAAUAUGGCGUGGACUCGAGUGAAGAAAGCAACAAGAAGAGAACCAUUAUCGUCGCGCACGAUUGGGGCUGCGUCUUGUCAAUGCGCCUUGCUGCCGAAGCUCCAGCUCUGGCACAUCGCUUCAUCCUGUCCAAUGGACCAAUAGCGAAACUAGUUCAAGCGAAUAUCCGCCGUAUCCUUUCCACAACCAAGAAGAUGCUCGGCAAUGCCUGGCGCUCACCACGCCAUGCGCGCGUCCCACUUAUGCAGGCACUCCGCACCCUCGCCCCCCUCGGCCGCCAGUUCUUCCUGUCAGGCUAUAUCUUCGCCAUGCAGAUGCCCGUGCCUUUCGUCCUGCAGUUCUUAACCGGCGGAAACUACUCACUUCUAAAGGGCGUCCACCUUCGCGCUUCCGGUGGUAUACUAACACCCUACGAGGCGGCAGAGGGUAUGGCGAGCAGCAUGGGCCCAUCGGUCGCCGAGUUCAAAUCUAAGACUGCCAGCGGGGAUACAUACCCUGCCACCCUGGAGAACGAGCGGGCAUUCGCGCAUGUAAUGCACAUGGCGGGAUAUUACCGUGAUCACGCCUCCGUGGCUCGCUGGGUGAAAUCCAUCGAGACAGUCGCCAGCUUGCAUAGCAUCUCGAGUGGAAGUGAGCUGCGACACUCGAGUAGCGGUGCUGGAUUAUUCGAUGAAGGUCCCACGGGCGCUCUUAAGGCUAGCUCCACUAUCUUCUGGGGCCAGCAGGAUAUCGCGCUUGAUCAGAGGAUUUGUCUGGAUGGCAUGAAUGAUUUCUUGGUGAAUGACAGCCAGAUUGUUCUGCUUCCUCGGACGGGACAUUGGACGCCGGUUGAGCCUGAGAGCCGUGCGGCUUUAAUUAAAGUUGUCGAGUGGGCUGCGCAAGGUGAGCAGGGUGAUGUCGGGACUGUUAUUCAGAAAUCUUAUCCUGGGGCGAAGGUGACUGUUCGUCGGUGA